CCUCGCCAGGUGGCGACGAAAGCGAAUCCAGUUAUUUUCGAAAUUUCCCAGCGAGUGGUUGUGCGCAGCGGAUGAGAAAACUCAGCGAUUUGCUUCUCAGAGCAAGAGCCAAACAUUACGGAAAAAUAUGCGAAUAUAAAGCGAGAUUUAGCAUCGAAAGUGCUUUGAAAACAGUCAAGUGAAAUACAGUACAGUACAUUGAAACAUCAGAUUACAACAGUGAAACAGUACAGCAGUUCAGCAUUAAAUGUGUGCACAAAAAAACGAAAAAAACAAAAAAACAGUUCAGUACAGUGAAACAGCGGAACCAUCCGAAAUAUGUAAAUGAAACAUUAUAAUCAUAAAACGCGGUUUCACAGCAAAGGGCAUUCAUAUGCAAAUCCGGUCGCACAGCCACAGCGCGGUCCCUAAAACAGCUCCGAAUAACAGUUAAGACCCAGCAAAUGCCGGAAAAUAAUUUACGUAUUAAAUCAAAACACACGUAGAAUUCCAGGCGCUGCUCUUUCUCUCUCCGUUGGAGACGAGCCGGCUUUUGCAACCGGAAAACAACAAUUUUUUUUGAGUGGACCCUGCGAGACGCCUGCCGUGUUACGGUUACGCUUUACAGCUUACGUUGCGGAGAGAGUCUCAGUGUCUCAGUGCCUCAGUGUUUGUGUGUGCGGUUGUGCGGUUGUGUGUGUGUAAGGACACGUAAUGUGUGCCGCAAUUUAAAUUUCAGUCCUAUGCAAAUACUCGUACAAUUGGACGAACACCGUGUGUAGGAGUGUGGAUAAACGUAAGCCCUAACAAAGGGACUUCACGUGCGAUUUUUAGAUCAGACGAUAGUCGCCGCCGAGCGUUACCGAUAUAGCUCCAGAUUCAGCUACAACUCCAUCUCCCGAAAGCAGCUCCAUUAUCCAGAUUGCAUCCGACAGAAGAGGAGCUUUGCUUGGGCUUUGUUUGUGUGACAAGCGAAACUAAUGAGCGGCCAGCAGCAGAGGCAGCAGCAGCAGCAGAUCGGAAACAGGAAGCAGACGAACGAAAGUAAAAUUGCUUAAAUAAAUAAUCGUAACUGUGAUAACACCAAAGAAAGCGGACAGCACAGGCAGACGGCAGCAGCACAAAACCAGGCUAAGAAAGCGCUCACAAAAGGCCAAAAGCAGUUGCGUAAUUACCGACCGACCGAACGGAGCGGACCGGAGCGGACUGGACCAGACCGGACCGGAGAGGAGCGUCCAGCGAGUGAUUUUGAGAGCAAUAAAUGUCAACGUGGAACAAGAAAAGUAAUCACAACUAUUUGCUAGAGUUCAAGCAGCACAAAAUGGCACAAAGCAGAAAAGCACAAGCAGCAGCAGCAGCGGCAUCGGCAGCGGCACUCAGCUACAGCAUCUCUGGAGAAGCAUCAUCACACAGAAGACCCAUCGCCUCCUCUCCAGCAACACAUUCAAGUUCAAGGCGGUCAUCGUUAAUCACAUGUUUUAUAUCCUGCCACACGUCCAGCCUCUUGUUGCUGCUCCUCCUGCUGCUCCUCGUUGGAGCCCAGGCAGGCAGUCGCAGCAGCAGCGGCAGCGGCAGCAACAGAACAGCAGCAGCAUCUGGACCCAACAGCGGUGGGGCAACACCCAUUUGGGAUCAUGCCAUCGAUUUGAAUGAGGAUUUUCGCAUACUCUGGCAAAUCAUUAAUCAGGAUAUAACAUUCGAAAUACAAGCACGUACACUCGGCUAUGUCGGCUUCGGGUUCUCGCCCGAUGGGAAUCUGGCUGGUGCCGAUAUGGCCAUCGGUUGGGUGGACAAGGGUCAAACCUAUUUUCAGGAUCGACACGUCACACGGAAUGGUGACCCCGAGCCGGUGGUGGAUCCCUCGCAGGAUUAUAUGCUGAUGCUGGGCUACGAGAAUGCCACGCACACGGUCCUGCGCUUCCGCCGCAAGCUGGACACAUGCGACGGCACACAUGACAUGGCCAUAACGAACGACACGAUGCGCCUGCUGUACAUGUACCACGCACAGGAUCCGCCGCACGGCUCUGUGCGACCGGGCACCCUGCCGGACCCGGGGCGUGCCUUCCGCCCCUACCGCCCCAUGGUGCUGAUGCAGCGCGCCCAGCUGCCGAUGCCCUCGCCAACGCACGAUGAGCGCGUGCGAGUCCUGGAACUGCGCAACGAGGAUGUGGAGCUGCCUGGCGGGGACACGCCGCUCUUCUGGUGCAAGAUGUUCAAGCUGGAGGACAUCAAUCGCAAGCACCACCUGAUCCGGUACGAGCCGAUUUAUGAUUCAUCGUCCAGCGUGCAUUACUUGCAGCACAUAACGCUGCACGAGUGCCAGGGCGCUCACUCGGAGCUGGAGGAGAUGGCACGCGAGCAGGGACGCCAGUGCAUGGGCGCCCGAUCCAUACCGCUGGCAUGCAAUGCCAUUGUUGCCUCCUGGUCGCGGGGCAGCGAGGGCUUUACGUAUCCACACGAGGCUGGCUACCCGAUCGAGUCGCGACAGGCCAAAUAUUACUUAAUGGAGACCCAUUACAACAAUUUAAAGCCCGACUUUGCCCAAUUGCACGCCCGACAAAUGGCGGAUAAUUCGGGUUUGAAAAUCUACUUUACGCACGUCCUGCGACCAAACGAUGCUGGCAUAUUGUCAAUCGGAAUGGACCCCAACUGGCGACACAUUAUCCCGCCGGGCCAGAAGCGCGUCUUAUCGGAGGGCCAGUGCAUUGAGGACUGCACCGGGUAUGCCUUCCCCCAGCAGGGCAUCAACAUAUUUGCGGUGAUGAUGCGCACCCACCAGAUCGGCAAGGAGGUUAAGUUGCGCCAGAUACGACAAACCGAGGAGCUGCCGCCAAUUGCACACGACAGCAAUAUAGAUGUUGCCUAUCAGGAUUUUCGACGUUUGCCACAAUCGGUGCACUCCCUGCCCGGGGAUAGACUCAUCGCCGAAUGCAUUUAUGACAGUUCGUCACGAAAGGCAAUUACCUUGGGUGGCCUCACCAUGAAGGAAGAAAGCUGCACAGUGCUGACACUCUACUAUCCACGCCAGAAGAAGCUGACAACGUGUCACUCACUACCGAGUCUGCCCACAGUGUUGCAUUCGCUUGGCAUCGAACAACUGGCAACCGACUCGAAUCCCGUACUUAUAUCAUCGCCACCCGAAUUGGCCGGAAUGACACUGGAGGCACGUCUGAUAUCCUACGAUUGGGAAAAUCAAUUUGGCGAAUUCCAGGAGGCCACACGCAAAGGCAGCUUCAAGCCCAUCUGUUGGGGGGCCAAGAAUCAUGUGGUGCCGGGCUCCGAGUUCCUCGAAGGCUACAGCAUUAAUGUUACCAAGACCUACAAGAAGCACAAGCGGUGCAAGCCCAAGCGCCUUUUUGUCCCGAUUACCGAGAGGACUGCUCCACCGCCAGCCUCCGAUCUGAGUGAGCUUCCCGUCCUCCACGAGCUGGACAACAACAACAUCAUCGAGGGAGCGGCGCGAAGUAGCCGCAGCUCGGCGACCGAUGUCCACGGACUAAGUCUGAGCCGUGGCAACUGCCGGGAGUUCGUCAGCUGCCUGCUCUGGCUGGGAGCCUCCUCCUGGUGGCUCCUGCUCAUGCUAAGGACGUGAGGAGAUACAGCAACACCAGCAGCAGCAGCAGCAGCAGCAGGAGGACUUGGAACAGCAGGAAUCACAGGCACCACCGUCUUACUAAACUAAACUAAACAUGCAGCAACAGCAACACAACAGAAAAAAAAUGAUGAAAAAUCUGUGGAAAACGGAAAAAAGCAAAAAAAAACUUAAAUCAACUCAACUACAACUCUCUAACUAUAAAUGACAUCUCUUAAUCCUACUACAGAUACAAAUAGAAGCAGUUGGAAAAUGUGAAAAGUGGGAGAGAAGAACAUGAAAUAUUCAUAAUAAGCUAGCGUAUAACAGCUUUCCCUUCCCCCUCCCCUAUUCCUACUACAACUCCAGCACCUGCUGUUCCCUAUACCCCCCAACCAUCCCCCACCCCCAAUCUAUAUCCGCAACACCCGUCUAUUUAUUGUCCUCCCUGAAACCACAAUUUUUUUUUUGUUGAUUUUGUUAUAGAUUUUUUUUAAAUUAUUAACGAUUAUUUUAGUGUAGUCUAAGCUGAAAAUAAAACAAAAGCAAAAACAAAAAACCAAACUAAACUAAACAAGCAAAAGAAUAAUGUCGAAAAAAACCGAAAAGCAAUAAUUAGUUGUUGUUGUCGUUAUUAAAUAUACAAACCGCGAAAUUGUAAAAGAUAUUAUAGAUAUACACCUUGACUACAUAUAUAUAGAGCAGUCAUUCCUUCUACCAUACAUAUACAUAUAUAUACGAUUCAUAUAUGUAUAUUUAGAUAUAUAUACACACUUACAUAUAUACAUAGGGUCUGACUAGGGUAAAGCUUGAGCGUCUGAUGGGUUUUGUUGGGCAUUGCAAGAAACAAUCGUAGAAGGGAACCGACAAGUCCGACAAGUGGCAAGUCCUCGGCGAAGGCAUCAUCAGAGUCCUCCCCCCAGUUAAGUUUAGUGCGAACAACCAAGUGGAACUAAGUUCGAAUGGAAAAAAUCAUAGAAACCAUACACACACACACACACAUACACAUACAUGCAUAAUUCGUACACACAACACACAAGCAACAUAUACAUACAUACAUAAACUUUAUACGUCCAUAUAGGAAGGGAAAUCGAGAGAAGGCAAACCGAUUUAGUUUAACAUAAUUUUUAGAAAAGACUUGGAUAUAUGUCUAUUUUUUUUUUGGGAAAAGACUAAGAAGAAAAUGUUUAAGAGAAGAGCAAAAAGAGAGGAAAACCCUGUAGUAGUGUAGGAAGAAGCAAUAAUCAUGAUAUAAUUUCUACCGAAAUAUUUAAUUGAGUUAGUCACUUUAUGAAGCACUUGUCCUGAAUGACUGAAUGACUCCACCUCCUGCAUUCUAUCUAUAUAUAAAUGUAUACAUAUGUUUAGGCAGAGAACAAGGGAGACGAGACUGAGGCAAAUCGAACAGUUUCAGCCAGUCGAUUAAAUAUCGAUAUUUGGUCAUUUCCUCUGAAGUGCUUCAUAUAAUGCCAUCGGUUUCAACCAACUUUCAAAACUUGUUUGCUGAUCAAUACCGCCUGCAGCCUGCAGUCUGUGGGUUUGUCUGAUUUUGUUAACCUAUUAUGGCUAUACUAUACUCGCUAUUUAAUCUUAAGUUCAAUUCAGUUAACUAUUGCAAAUCUACCUGCGCUUUUUGGAACAGAAUUAAAUGAACGAAGAAGCGGAAAUACUCUCAACACUCAAAGUGUUGCCUCCUCUCUUUUUCAGUCGCUGUCGUUCUACUAAUCUCUCUCUAGUUUAUACAAACACACACAUAGGAUAUCACGUUUUUUGCUAGAUAUAAGUUGUAAAUACUCUCCACUAGAAGGAAGAAACGUGGAAACGGGAAAUGGGAAAGGGGGAAACUAAAAGCGGAAUUGUUAGAAAAGUGGGGUAAAUGAAGGAAAUAGGAGGAUACGGAAGCAUUAUACAGGGUGUGUGAUUAGGUACGGCUCUCGAUCAGCUCUAGCAGCUCUAGGCAUAGGAUUGUACGAGUACUAUAUACAGAUACAGAUACAAAAACAGAUACAGAAACGGAUACAGAUAGACGGUUAGAGGACACGUAGCAUUGUAUGACGGGGCCGCCAAGUUCUGUUCGAAGUAGUAAAAAUAUACCACACACACACACACACACACAUACGACAUUAACAUAAAUAUAUACAUACAUACGAUAACUAUAACUAUAAAGUCUAUAUACAUAUACAUAUAUAUAUACACAUAUAUAUACAAUACCCUAAAUCUAUAAGUAGUUACGUGGUUCGUAGUUGUAAAUGUGAAUGUGAGUAUUUUAUACAAAAACAAAAAAUAAAUAAAAAUAAAAAGCAAAUAAAGCAAAGCAUGAAGCGAUAAAAACAAAACAAAACCAGAACAAGAACAAAACAUUUUUUUUACCAAAAGAAGAUUGAGAUACCGAUCCCCCAUGAUCGAACGCUAUAUAUAUACAAUAAAAAUCAUAUAUAUACAUAUAUAUACAUAGAUAUAUAUUUUAGGAUAACUACUAUAACUAUGAUUAGUGACAAGUUGGCGUAAGCAAAAUGCAAAUGCAAAGUUGAAACAAUCAAAAUAACAUUUAAACAGAAAAGAGAAAACAGAAAACAGUACAGUUUUUUUGCGAAAAAACUAUUAAAAGUUUUCCUCCAAACACACACAGACACACACACACAAGCCCGGAUACUCAUCCCCAAACGCACACACAGUGAAAACUUUACCCAGUUUUUGGUGGGGCCAGCAAGUGAAACUUUUGUUGCAGCCCGAGGCGUGCCCUUUAAAUAUGGGCCAUUCUCCUUUUGAGGUUUUCCCACUUGACGUGCAACUUUUUAAUGCCAUGCCCUCUACCCCCUGCACCCUGUUCCCUGCCCACUCUCAAUCCCUUUCAGCUGAUUGCCAGCGCAGCGCUUUGAUCCGAGUUGGCAGGCCCAACUAGGUCUAAUUAGGAGCGAUGAGCAGCCAACAUCGUUCUCAUAGUUUUGGAUUUCGAUUCGCUUGCUUUGUCCUUUGUCAUAGCAACCUGGAAAUUUUUUGCCCCUUCUUACCAGAGUUUUUUCUACCUUUCUACCUUUGUUUGGCACAUUAAUUAAACUUCUUGCCCCAGUGAGGCGAGGAGCCAGAGAGCGGGAGCGGGAGCGGAAGCGGGAGAGGGUAGCCCGAGCAAAAACACGGCGCACAAUUACAAAGCCAAAAGCGGAAGGAAACCAGAAUGCAAACAUUUCUUCUUUUGGCUCGCCAAUUGGAAAUUAGUUUUGGGUUCUGUUCUGGCACUCAGAUAUGCUCACUAACACUAACACAUCCACACACAGAUACAGCAACACGGAGAAUGAGGAAAAUGUAUUCAUAUAAUUUAAUUAAAUGCAAACAACAAAAACGGUUUUGGAAAAUGUACUUGCGAUAGUAACGAUAACACAAAAAAAAGUCAGUAAAUAGUUUCAAAAACUACAUAUACAAACAAAAAGCAAACGAAGCGAGAAAAAUGGAAGAAAACUAAACUAAAAUAAUCUAACUAAACCUAAACCUAAAAAAACAACAAAAAUCCAAACGGAAACUACAUUAAAAAUGCAACAGAAAACAGAAGCACACGAGAGAGGACAGCAGGAGCCGUGGGGCAGAGAUGUCGUGGAAUGUCAUCUAGGGAAUUUGAGGCAGCCAAAGAGCUGCUGCAGUAGGGAACCAAUGGAACAUCCUGCUUAUGGAGCAACUCCUGAGUGGAACAUUUCAAUUGCAUUGCCAGGUCUGUCUUUCUGCCUCUCUUGGCUGGCCCUUUCUACCUGGCCUGGCUUAAUGCCUUUGUUGGCCAGCUCUCUGCUGUUAUUCCUACAAGGCUUUCGCUUUUUUUUCGCUCUGACUUUGGUCCUUAGGUUCCAUUGAGGAACCUAAUAAGUUUUUAAAACUGUCCCAAUUAGCUCGCUUAACUUGUUUCCUUACCAUGGUUCAGUCUUUUCUUCCACAAAGACACCUUUUGUUCAUCCACUCAAAGGAAUCUCGAGAACCAGGGAUGGGAAGGGAGAGAUGGGAAGGGAAUGGACAUGAAGUUCUUGCCCCGGCUCCAGCUCCAAUCUGUCAAAGUAGCGAAGUAGCAAACACACAGAAACAGUACAUAGAAAGAUAGAGAUAGAUAGAUAGAGACAGGUAGAGACAGGUAGAAUGAGAGAGAGCGAGGAGAACAAUGUAGGAUGUUAGUAGUAUCAAGAUAUGUGUAUAUGUCCUUAGGCCCUCUAUUGAAAGUCUUUAUUUCGAGAAUGUCGAGAAGCGGGACGGAGGAGCAGAUGAAGCAGAUGAAGCUGGAUGAGAGAAAAGAAGCGAAGAAACCAAAACAAAACACAACCUACCUAAAGCAAGAAAACAAAACCUAACUAUUUUUAGUGUGUACCUUGAUUUUUUCCAAGCGAAAGAAACCUUGAGCGGAUUCCCAUUCCCCCAGGAGAACUACAUAUAUAUACAUUACGAGUAAAGAAGCAACCAUAAAGAGAAAUCAAGUAAAAGGAAAAGCAAUAAAGCAAUAAAGAGCAAACGCAUAGCUAUCAAUAUGAGGAGCGAAAUGGAGCGGACUGGACCGGACCGGACCAAAACCGGAACCGGAUCGGAGGAUUAGGCUAAACAAAUACCAUAACUCUAGGCAAAGAUAUAAGUAACAGAUUAGAACGAGUGGAAGGUGUAGCAUUUUUUUUGUGUCAGCCUUUUUGGCAGGAACGGAACGGAGCGGAACGAAACGGAAAAGGGAACAGGGAUAUGGGAGCGUUGUGUGGCGACAGAAGAUGAAGGAAAUCGAAUUGCAUAUGAUUAAAAUCAACCAAAACAAAACAAAAAACUAUUUUAAAGUAGAGCAGUUUGCGAAAUAUUUAAAUGUGUCGUUAGUAGGCAAGUAAAAACCCACAAAAAAAAUUGUAGUUGCAUUGUCGUUAGCCAUAGUAGCAAAGUUGCAUGAGGAAAAAACAUAUACAUACCAUACCAUACAUCAUACCGAAUCGAAGAGAACUAACAUA